AUACACUUAUUUACCUCACUGACACCAAUCUGCCUGGGUGCACCAAAGCAUUCUCUUAGCAGCUGAGCUUGUCAGAAAGUGUUUUCAGCUGCACCAUAAAAUUGCUGUCUGCAGGAAUCGCCCUGUUCUCCAGAAAUAGUAGCUGUGCUCUGGAAGAGACAGAAAUGUGUCAUGACUGUUUACACUCGGGACUAAGUAUCUUCGGCAAUCCUUGGUGGUCGCUCUCCCUGCAGGGCUGCAGCUCCGUGUCCGCGUGAUGGCACUUGGUUGUAACGCGCUGUCAGUCCCACGCAGCCUCCUGCUUGCAAGUUUACCUGCCUUGUCACAGCCUGGCGCUUGCUUUCUCCUCUGACUUAACCAGGCUAGAGACCCUCUCCUGCUGCCUUGCCCUUACUGUGUCAGUUUAACUGCAGAGCUGGAACACCAAGUAUCUUUUCAAAAGAAGUACCUGGUUUUACGUAAGGACCCUGAACUGUGAAGCAAUCCCAGUGGUUAUCACUAACAGCUAAAGUGUGUUCUCUUUUCACAUUGAAUAUGUGCCUCGCUUCACCUUCCAGACCCUGAACUGAGCCUUCUGCUAAGUUAAAUAGCACUGCACUGUCUAAAAUUGUCUCUCCAUUUAAAUACUCUUUCCUUCUUUUUGAUGAAUGAAAAAGAAUCUCCCCAAUCUCUCCAGGACAUCAAGGUAUCAUUACACACCUCCUCACCUCUUGGACUUUCCAAGUAACCACUGAAUGUGGACCCAGGAACUGACCAAAAGGUCCCUCCCCAUGCAACCUUUGGUACUGUUGGAGGUGUAUAAAUGAGGGACAUGGUCAGCCCAGGUCACAUCUAGGGUGAAGGAGAGUGGCAGCUGCUGAGGGCAGUCCUGGUCUCUGGUGGUCCUUCAGUGAGGAGGUGCUGUUCUCUCCCCACUGGCUACAGAAGAGGCUCUGGUGACUGCGCUGCUUGCUGUGAUUGUAUCAUCACUGUCAAGUAUCUUCACUCCAGGGUCACUCUGUGCCAUCGUUUCUCAUCAUCCUCACUGCAUGGGUCUAAGUUUGCCCCAUCCUCCCUUGACUGCCAAACCUGCAUGCCACUCUGGGAAUGGUAGUGUGGAUAAAUCACAGGGACAGUAGCAUGAAUAAAGCAAGGACAGGUUUGGCCUCCUUUGCUCCAUGCUUUGUAGAAAGCCUUGCCUGCAAGUAUCCAACACAGCCCUGCAGUUUACCCCAAACUAUGCAUUGUACGUCACACGUGCUGUGCUGUGAAAACCUCACUCUGGUAGGCUGCGGCACCACCUUAGAUUUAUUUCAGACACUUUGAACUGAAAAAAUACCCACAGCCCAUGGCCAAGGAGACCAGGUGAAGCCCAAGAAGAGAUGGGCCAAGGACAGUGCUGAUGCAGCCAACUCACCUGAGAGGAUUUCCAUCUUGAAGAAGUGUGGGCGAAAAACAUACCAUGUCUUGCCUGGUGGGAGGCCAGAGGCAUGACACGGGCUGAUGCCUUCAGCACUGUAAACAUAACUGCAGGCACACAGCUAACAGCCUGCAAUUACCCAGACUGUAAAUUGCACAUACUGAAGACAAUAAUACUAUCUAGAUAUGAUAACAUCAUCAGGUUCUACUCAAUACUCCUCAUGCUCCAGACAUCAUGUAAACUGUGCCUAGGCAAUAUGUCCCACUGGGAGAUUGCUCUCAGCUGAAGGUGCUGGAUGGCCUCUUCCUCCUUCUGGGCUCUGAGUGUGUCAGAUGUGUAUGUCUAUACAUUUGUGUUCUGUUUUCCUUAAUAUGCAACUAUAUGUAUGACCUUGUACUUGUCUUAAUUUAAUGACUGCUUGAGAUUUAAUGUUAUUUUUCUUCAGUGUGUGUAGUUUAAGCAAACAAAUUUUUUUUUUUUUUGUCAACAGGAAAAUCAUUUAUCUUUUUUCAGGAUUUUUUCUUGAGUAAAAGGUAACUUAAUUGAAAUAUUAAAUUAUUGGGAAGACAUUCAUUUUGUCUAAAUGGUAACUAUAAUUCAUUACAUCCUAACAUACUAAUUCUAACUGGAGUCCCAUUACUAAUUUUUUUUUAUUAUAUCAAAGGUAGUGAUCACCAACUCACACAAAUUAAGUAACAGUAACAGGCAUCGCAGGGAAGUACAUUCAAAUGAACUUUUAAAAGCAGAUUCAGAGUCCCUGAUUCCUAAACACAUAUUUAAGCUACAUUGUGUUCUCAGUAGUCCAUUGAAUUUAAUAGUUACUUAUAGUAUAUGAAGUCAUAUCAUUAAGCAAAUGCAUAAGUCAUUGCAAUAGAGGGGCUAUAGAUUUUAAGAAACUUUUAUGACCAUCCUAUCUGACCUUGUGCACAUCCCCAAGCAGACCACUGCCUUCCAGUUUCAUUCAUGGAGCCCAGGGGCUUCCAACCAGCUGAAGUGGAUCACAGUUCUGUUUAGAUACUAAACUGUGUUGGUUUUUUUUUUUAAUUUUGCAUAUUUACAGUUCAUACGUUAUACUGCGUAGUGGCACCUUACUGCUUUCAUUGACAGCAGUUGGAAGCAAUAGGACUACUAAUAGGCUUGUUCAUAUACGGAUUUUCUCCUGCGUGGGAUGUGUGAUCAGCCCAGUGUUCAGAUUCCUAACCGGUGACUCUCAGUUCUGUGUCAGAUGGCAUGAAACUGUACCAGUUAUGACUGAUAGAGGCGUUUUUCCUCAAUGGUUGGGAGGAGGCUUGCCUGGUGAUUAUCUUCUUGGAGAAGUUUGGUGUCUCUCCUUGUAGCCCUCACAGCAUGCUUCAAAGCUGUUCAUGACCCAUAUUCAGGAUCUCUUUCAAGAAGGCUUGGGCUCGCAUAAUGUAAGUGACAUUCUGGUACUCAGGGGGCAGAUCUGAGUGAAAGGUCGCAAGGAAAUCUGUCUGAGGAUGUUUUCUUCAGGUUUGUAAAGAUUUCAGGGUACACUAAAUGAAUCUAAAGAAAAGUAUGGAAAGGCUGUAGACUGUAUACUGUGAUACCUCAACUUCCACAACUCUUGUAUCACCAUUCUGGACUAAAACAUUCACUUUCUUUUUCCAGAUCCCCUUAACCAGUCUAUUCUUCGUCUUUUGAGGGAAUCACCACUCCACAAGUGCGUGCAUUACAAUCAUUCACCAUGUGCAUAAGGAACACCUCAGUACUUGGAACAUGCUGUGAGCUUCAGUGCCAGCGUAUUGAAUUCUGAUACUCAACACCUGACUUCAGCAUUUGAAGACUGAGUGUUGAAGAGAAAAUCUGAAUGGUCUGGAGGAAUAAAUGAAAAUAGAGCUCUGCACUUUUCAAAAAGAGGUCUUGAUUUACAAAUCUGGCAGAAAUUAUGUUUACAGAAGGAAUCCAGACAGUAUUGUUUUAUAUCUUGGGUACUCUACUAAUAAAGUGUCCCUUAUAAAUAUCAAAAAUGCGACAUUCAGCUAUUAGAGAGGAAGGGAAAAUACUCCUGAGGAUAGCUUUGUUCCAAGCACAGGGGCAUCAAUUGUAUGCCCAGAUGUUUUCAGCCUCUCACUCUUCAGUAUUGACUUAUGCAGCUUUGCAGAAAAUUAGUUCAGAAAGGAGGUGUGAAUAAAAGAUAAUAAAGAAAGAUUUAGUCAUCUGCAAGAUGUAAAUGAAAACCACCUAAAUUCCCACCACUUACAGUACCACUUGUCAUAUACCAGAAUCAUGUCUGCAUGAUUAUGUUAACAUUUUGCUUUAACAAUGAUGUCAUUGAUGUGAUGUGAUGGAAAGUCUAGCUUAGGAGAGUACCUCAUCUACUGUGUAAGCUGAAGUUUUCAACAAGUUAAUAUUUCUUCAGUGUUGGACUCUAGUAUGAAACAUUCUAUUUCAGCAAAAAAGUAAGCAUCUUUCUUCAUCAUCCCAGAAAGAUUACACUGGAAAGUGAAAAGUGAAAUCAGAGCAGAGGAUGACUCAGUAUAACCAUUCAGCAGAGCUCUCUCUCCAGAGCUCAGCAAAUAAGUCAUUAAAUUUCACUGAAACACCACUGGCUUUGGAUGAAAGGACACUAUUAGGGAUGAAGAUUUCACUGUCAGUCCUUCUGUCUGUUAUAACUUUGGCAACGAUCCUUGCAAACAUUUUUGUUGUUAUUACAAUUUUUCUGACUAGAAAGCUCCACACACCUGCAAAUUACCUCAUUGGCUCCUUGGCAGUGACUGAUCUUUUAGUGUCUGUCCUGGUAAUGCCCAUCAGUAUUGCUUACACUGUCACCCACACGUGGGCCUUUGGCCAAGUGUUGUGUGAUAUCUGGUUAUCAUCAGACAUCACGUGCUGCACAGCCUCAAUCCUACACCUCUGUGUUAUUGCACUGGACAGAUACUGGGCUAUCACAGAUGCUUUGGAAUAUGCCAAACGCCGGACUGCUGGCCGAGCAGCGCUCAUGAUUGCUGUGGUCUGGAUGAUAUCUAUUAGUAUUUCUGUGCCACCAUUUUUCUGGAGGCAAGUGAAAGCUCAUGAAGAAAUUGCAAAGUGUACUGUGAACACAGAUCAAAUUUCCUACACAAUUUAUUCCACUUGUGGAGCUUUCUACAUCCCGACUGUGCUCCUUCUGAUAUUGUAUGGUAGAAUUUAUGUAGCAGCUCGAUCCAGGAUUCUGAAGCCGCCCUCAUUAUAUGGGAAACGUUUUACUACUGCACACCUGAUUACCGGCUCUGCUGGGUCUUCCCUCUGCUCCAUUAAUGCCAGCCUUCAUGAAGGGCAUUCUGAUUCAGGUCGAUCCCCCAUAUUUAUCAAUCAUGUUAAAAUAAAACUUGCAGAUAGUGUCCUGGAAAGGAAAAGAAUUUCUGCUGCAAGAGAAAGGAAAGCUACCAAAACUUUAGGCAUUAUUCUGGGAGCUUUCAUUUUCUGCUGGCUGCCUUUUUUUGUCAUGUCCUUAGUCCUACCAAUCUGCCAAGAUGCUUGUUGGUUUCAUCCCAUCCUACUGGACUUUUUUACAUGGUUAGGUUACUUAAACUCAUUGAUCAAUCCAGUCAUUUAUACAGCUUUUAAUGAAGAAUUUAAACAGGCUUUCCAAAAACUAAUACAUUUCAAAAAGUGUUCAUCUUGAGCCUCUCUUGUUGUGUUACUGACCCUUAUGGAGUCUUGCAGCCUACCUGGAAACUUUCUGUGCUUUUACACUGCUGCUACCCUGUGCUGUGCAUGUAACUGGGAACUUCUUGCCAAUUUGGUACUUUCUGUCUGGAAUUCUGUAUCCCAUAACAGAAAUCGUCUGUGGUCCAUGCAGUGAUUGUUUGUGUAUAUAAGAUCAACACAUGAAGUAAGCUUUGUAACAAGUGAAGGAGUGUGAACCAGAGAGCUGAGUUUGUAUGAUGAGAUGACACAUAUUAUCCAAAGCUGCCAUGCCUUUCUAACCUGAUGGGAGGAAAAAUGUGUGCAUAUUUGCAGGAUGUCAGUAUUUCUGCUGUAUAUUAUUAACAAUUUAUGUAGGCUGAGAAAAUUUCUGGGGAACAGGAUCUGAUGUCUACAUUUUCUAUGGCAUGUAUCCUAUCCAUUUGAAAUUGAUAAAACCUGUAAUUUUUUCAGAAGUUGUAUGACAGCCUGACUCUAAGCAGCAGGGCAUAGAAGGCAUAGCGUGUAUGUAAGUUCUGUGGAUAUUUCACAAAUACUGCAUCUGAAGCUAUGCUUUUGGUGAACUGUAGAAAGAAGACAAUUUAUUUGAAAAAAUUUUUACAUGUUUUAUCAUGAAUAGAAUAGCCAGUGCAGAAAUACCACAAAAUAAAUAGCAUGAAAAUUAUUGAAAAGUA